AUGGCUACCAACAUCACCUGGCACGAAAAUUUGACCCACAGCGAGCGUGCUGAAUUUAGAAAGCAGAAGGGCGCCACAGUGUGGUUGACUGGAUUGUCUGCUAGUGGAAAGUCCACCAUUGCUUGUGCAAUCGAGCAGGCCUUGUUGCAGAGAGGCUUGAAUGCCUACCGUUUGGAUGGUGACAAUGUCCGUUUUGGUUUGAACAAGGACUUGGGAUUCUCCGAGGCCGACAGAAAUGAGAACAUCAGAAGAAUCUCUGAGGUUGCGAAAUUGUUCUCUGAUUCAUGUUGCAUCACUUUGACCUCGUUCAUUUCUCCAUACAAGGUCGACAGAAGAACUGCCAGAGAGUUGCACGACAAGGACAACUUGCCAUUUGUUGAGGUUUACGUCGAUGUGCCAGUUUCGGUAGCUGAGGAGAGAGACCCUAAGGGCUUGUAUAAGAAGGCCAGAGAAGGCAUCAUCAAGGAAUUCACUGGAGUGUCUGCUCCAUACGAGGCUCCAGAGAAGCCAGAGAUUCACUUGAAGAACUAUGAUGGCCAGAGUGUGGAGGAGAGCGCUCAAGUGAUUAUCAAGUACUUGGAGGAGAAGAAUUACAUCUAG